UUUUAAUGCGCAUGCCCAUCACCUGACGUAUGAUUCGGCUGCUGUCACGUUUAUAUCUGGCGAAUUCUUAUUGGAGGAGAAGCAACUGUUGCCCUCGCAAUACGACGCCGUCGCCAUGGCGUUCCAAUAUGGCGGCCCACGGACGGCACUCCAUUUUGUCCUCCAUGCCCCUGCAGGUCCUGUUUUAUUUGAACAGCUGGUAUUUUUCUGCCUUCUUUAUAGCUGAAAUUCUGAUGUUUAUCUAUAAAGCCUUUACCCCAUCCAGGGGUAUGAACAUAAGGCUACUGCUGCCCUUUUUAGGAUAAUUCUCAGCGGUGAGCAUGACACGGUAGUGAUGUGGAAUGAGUUCAUAAGAAGCAACAGAAUAUUGCUGCCAUACCCUCAGGCUAAUCUUAUCCUGGAUAUUGUUCUGUUGCUUCUAUACCUUGGUUUGGAAGCUUUGCGACUAUUUUAUGGCUCGAAGGGAAACCUGUGUGAGCGCUCCCUAAUGCUCAUUGUUAGUGUCGGUGUCUUGGUGCCCUGCACAGUACUAAGUGUCUACUAUCUUCUACUGCAAACAUUUAUACUGCGUCUUGAAUUUAUCCUUAAUGCAAUCUUACUCUGCUUCUAUGCUCUGGAGCUAGUUCUGGCUCUAAUAACCAUUGCAGUUUUUUCCAGGGCCAGUGUUUAUUAAGGAUGUUUAUGAAGACUAAUUUAUAAAGAAUAUUUGUUAGAAUGAAAACAUCCUGUAUUCUUUUAUGGUAUCCAGUUUUCAACAAAUAUUUUAUCAAUAUGUGGAUCUACUACAUUUUCAUUCUCUUUUAACAACUGAGAUUACUAUCAGACGUGUUCAUGUUCAUGUUCACUCUAAAAUGCAAGUGGAAGAAGUACUUUAAUAUUGCAUCACUUUCAUUAUUGCCACAAACCCUUUUUUAUUGCUAUUGUUUCCUGCAUUGUCUUUGUUUACUGUUUUGUAUUUGAUUAGAGUUAUUUUUUUAUUUUUAUUUUUUGUAUUUUGAUAGUACCACAUGCAUUUUUAAAUAAAUGGAAGAUAUUUUAACUAAACAUAA